AUGACCACCAAAUCGCAAUUUGAACCAGGCCACAAAGUCCCAGUUCAUCACCAAGAGAAGCCAGGAUGGCAGCAUAUGAUGCUUGACCCGAAGCCAGUCUCCGAUCAGCUUCCAACAGACGAGGGUGGUUAUCAGCCCUACAAACCAGCAGAGAAGUUGAAAGGAAAACGCGCUAUUAUAACCGGAGGAGACUCUGGAAUUGGAAGAGCCAUUGCUAUUCUUUACGCAAUGGAAGGGGCAUCGAGCCUGAUAGUCUAUCUUCCAACUGAAGAGAAAGAUGCGCAGGAAACAAAGAAAAAGGUCGAGGAAUAUGGUUGUAAAUGCUAUCUCUUUCCAAUCGAUUUACGGAAGAAGGAGAAUUGCAAGGCAAUUGUCGACAAGGCCGUGCAAUGUCUCGGCGGUGUCGACAUUUUGGUGAACAAUGCAGCUUUCCAAAACAUGCUUCCAGAUAUCUCAAAUCUUACCGAGGAACAAUGGGAGAAAACAUUUGAUACAAACAUACACCCCUUCUUCUACCUCGCAAAAUACGUGAUGCCGCAUUUUAAAAGAGGCUCGACAAUCAUUAAUUGCUCGUCGGUAAAUCCUUUUAUUGGGAGAGGCGAUCUUCUUGACUAUACAUCCACCAAGGGAGCGAUUGUUGCGUUCACAAGGGCACUCUCAAACCAGCAAAUUAGCAAGGGCAUUAGAGUCAAUUGUGUUUGCCCUGGUCCAAUAUGGACCCCCUUGAUCCCUUCGACUAUGACUACCGAGGCACUGGAGCAAUUCAGCGGCGUGCCUAUGGGACGUCCAGGGCAGCCAAGUGAAGUUGCUACCUGUUUUGUCUUCCUAGCAAGUGCAGAUAGCAGCUUCAUUUCUGGACAGUGCCUACACCCCAAUGGGGGCGUUAUUGUUGGGAGCUAA